AUAUCCCGCAGACAUUCGAGAUGUCGAGAGGCGCCCACCAGUCCUUUGACAUGAGUAGGGGCGUGACCCAGCAGUUCGACAUGUCAAGGGACGUGAACCAGUCGUUCGACAUGCAAAGAGGUGCCACCCACAAUUACGAGAUGCCAAGAGGACCUCAGGUUUACGAAAUGCCAAGAGGGGCACAGGCCUUCGAGAUGCCCCGAGGAACGACCCAGCCUUACGAGAUGACGAGGGCGGUACAGCAGCCGAUGGAGAUGGGACGAGCGGGCAUGGGCGCGGGGCAUCCCUACGAGUACGGCAAGGAAUACCACCCAUGCACCGAAGUCCAGCAUAGCGGGCCUCUCAAAAAUAACCACCAGUCUUUGCACGAUGCCCAACAAGAGAUGGAAGUGCCCAUGGAAAUGCCCAAAACGGCUCCACAGUCCACAGCCAAAUCGAAAGGCGCCCAGAAGGCGAGCAAUCACCCCUUCGAAUUUGCAAAGGGUUACGCGCAGCAGCUGGAAGUAGCCAAGAAGGCCGCUCAGACGGCGAUCCAGGCGAAGUUGGAGGCUAAGAAGGCCGAGAAGGCAAAGCAGGAAGCAGAGCAGGCCGAGAGGGCGAAGCGAGAGGCCGAAGAAGCUGAGAACGCGAGACGCCAGGCUGAGGAGGAAGAGAAAUCGAAAGCUGUCGCCCAGCCGUCGGAAAUCCUGAAACUGUAUGCGCAGCAGCUGGAGAUGGUGAAGAAGGUGUCGCAGUCGUCCGAAAUUGCGAAGAUGUACGCGAGGCAGCUGGAGACGGCGAGAACCACCUCCAAAACCAGAGAGAAAAGUAGCAAAGGUUCCUCGUACUCUUCGGGAAGGAUUCGGAGGGAGAGAGCGAAGGCGCGGACGCCAGACAAGAAUAAUGGCUCCUACAAUUCGGGAUCGAUAGAGAGAGAGAGAAAAUCGCCGUCGUGCAAAACCGCGCCCGAGAAGCCAGAGGGCAUGGAGACAGACACGAGCGACGAGAAACAAUCGGAGGAAGCUGAGGGCGACCCUCCGCCGUUCGAGAUGGCCAAGUACCUCGCGCAGCUGUCGAAGAUGAAGAAGGGAGGGGAUCCGCCGCCAGAAAUGGCCAAGGAGGACUCGCUCGAAAGCGAAGACGGGCAGAGCGACUCGCAGCAGGACGAUGCGAGGCUGAGUCACAAGUCCCCCUCUCCGACGGACGCGUCAAAGUCCACGGGGCUUCCAUUCCCGUUUGAGUUAAUGAAGAACCUGGGGCUUCCUCUCGGGGUCGGGUUGCCAGGGGUGGGCAGCGCGAGAACGAAACGCGAUCGACAGGAGUUAACCAUAGCCAAUAAAGCCAAGUUGAUAGAGCAGGUGGAAUCCCGAGGCGCCAAAAAGAAAGCGGAUAUUGCGCGAGAGUGGGGUCUGAGGCCGUCGACGCUCUCCACGAUAAUGAAAAAUAAAGACCGAAUCCUAACACAGUACAAAUCUCAGAGGUACGCCGCAGGAAGGCGGAGAAUGCGGACCGCUGCCUAUCCCGACGUCGAAGAGGCUCUGCUCACUUGGUUCAGGUACGCCAGGGCUGCGAACAUCCCGAUCACAGGACCCAUUUUGCAGGGGAUGGGGGUCACGCUGGCGCAGGAGCUAGGCCACCCGGAGUUCUCUUGUAGUGUAGGGUGGUUGGAUCGCUUCAAGGCGCGCCACGGGCUGACAUUUAAUCCCAAGAACAGCCAGGAUUCCGGAGCAGGGACGUUCAAUGAACCAGAAGACCGAGUGCCAAGUCCAGUGCCAGCAGUGCCCGCAGAAGAGGAUUCUAGACCCGAGAACCCAGACUCGUGGCACCUUCCUUCGAUGCCAGCUGUUGGCACCACUAGCACGGUGUCCGGAGAGGGCGCCUCAAAUUCGUGGCUUCCAUCAAAUGAAACUUCAACCCCUAAUGCUACCUCGGCCACAGAAUCACUGGAUCAGCUUAACAAGUGGUUUCCCUCAACGCUUUCCGAUGAGCAAGAAGACGACGAGGAGAUGGGCGCAGGGGUCGGCGAAGACACCGCGGACGCCUGGCUGCGCGCGACGAUACCUGCUCUGCUGAGAGAGUACAAACCCCGCGACAUCUUCAGCGCCAGCGAAGCGGCCCUGUUCUACAACCUCCUGCCCGACAGAUCCCUGGUGCUGAAGGGCGAGGAGGGCCACAAGUGGACGUGGAUGAAGGAGAGGCUGACGCUGAUGGUGGCGGCGAACAUGGACGGCAGCGAAAAGCUUCCUCUCCAGGUGAUCGGCCAGAUGAAGGACCCCAAGUCAAUAUACGAGAUCGAAGCCCUUCCGAUGCCGUACGAGGCGAACGAGUCGGCCAUGAUGACUUCCGCCAUUUUCGAGGUCUGGGUGAGGCGACUCGAGGAGAGGUAUCGAAGGCAAAAUAGAAAUAUUAUCAUAAUACUCGAUUCGUGUCCCGCGCAUCCGAAUAUAAACAAUCUCACGAACGUUAAACUUACUUUCCUUCCGCAAGACACCACGUCGAGAUUGCAGCCCGUCGAGCAAGGGCUAAUACAAAAAAUUAAAGCUUUAUACCGUCGCUUCGUUCUCGAGAGACUCAUCGACUAUAACGAAAGAGGACAGGAGUAUGAAAUUACGAUCUUAGAAGCAAUGGAACUCUUGCAGGAUGCGUGGAAGGACAUCAAAUCGGACUUCAUCACCAACUGCUUCAAACGGGCAGGCAUAGAACCGCCGAGGAAUAACGACGACGCCAAGAUCUUUUCGGGCGAGGACGAGCAGAUCCUGCUGGAGCGAGCGAGGAGCGCCGGCCUCGACAUCCCGACGGAGAUCACCUUCGAGUCCUACCUCAACGUGGACAGUCAAGUCCAGACGACCAUCGAACAGGGCGAGGAAUCUCCGCCUCCAAAUACUCCGCUCGAGGAGGACCCUGCCGAGAGUGGGGCCAGUCUAGGAGCCACUUUCCCGACGGAGGCCAUGCAGGCGGUGGCCACGCUGCGGAAGUUCGUGCAGGAGCAGGGCGGCGCGGACCUGUUCCUCGGUUCCUUGGCUGACCUGGAGGCGUGGGUGGCCAAGCACGUUGUCAAGCCGGAAGUGUCAUUUGUGUCAGACUAAUAAUAAUAAAAAAAAAACUAUUUAUAUCCAUAUACAAUAA